AUGAUUUGUCUUAACCCCUCAAGUGGAGAGGAGAUCAUUCCCAAUCUCUACAAAUCUAUGCCAGUGUGGACCUACUGGGAUCUGAGGCUGAAUCCAUGCAUGGGGGUUUAUGCUCCUAGCGGGUCUAUCUGGGCUCUGCAGACCCCAUCAGCUGUGGCUAAAGAGGGGAGACAAACACGUCCAUACCCCAUAUCCCUAUAUCCCAAUCCCUACCCCUUUAACCCAGUCCCUACCCCUAUACUCCAGUCCCUACCCCUAUACCCAGUCCCUAACCCCAGUCCCUACCCCUAUACCCCAGUCACUAUCCCUUUACCCCAGUCCCCACCCCUAUACCCUAGUCCCUAUCCCUAUACCCUAGUCCCUACACCUAUACCCCAGUCCCUACCCCUAUACCCAGUCCCUAUCCCUAUACCCCAGUCCCUACCCUUAUACCCCAUUCCCUUCCCCCUAUACCCUAGUCUCUACCCUAUACCCCAGUCCCUAACCUUAUAUCCCAGUCCCUACCCCUAUAACCUAGUCCCUACCCCUAUAACCCAGUCCCUACCCCUAUACCCCAGUCCCUACAUCUAUACCCCAGUCCCUACCCCUAUACCCCAGUCCCUACAUCUAUACCCCAGUCCCAACCCCUAUACCCUAUCCCUACCCAUAUACCCUAGUCCCUACCCCAAUACCCUAGUCCAUACCCCUAUACCCCAGUCCCUACAUCUAUACCCCAGUCCCUACCCCUAUACCCCAGUCCCUACAUCUAUACCCCAGUCCCUACCCCUAUACCCCAGUCCCUACCCCUAUACCCUAGUCCCUACCUCUAUACCCCAGUCCCUACCCCUAUACCCCAGUCCCUACAUCUAUACCCCAGUCCCUACCCCUAUACCCCAGUCCCUACAUCUAUACCCCAGUCCCUACCCCUAUACCCCAGUCCCUACAUCUAUACCACAGUCCCUACCCCUAUACCCUAGUCCAUAUCCCUAUACCCUAGUCCCUACCCUUAUACACCAGUCCCUACCCCUAUACCCUAGUCCCUACCCCUAUACCCUAGUCCCUACCCUUAUACCCCAGUCCCUACCCCUUUACCCCUGUCCCUACAUCUAUACCCCAGUCCCUACAUCUAUACCCUAUCCCUACCCUUAUGCCCCAGUCCCUACACCUAUACCCCAGUCCCUACAUCUAUACCCCAGUCCCUGCCCCUAUACCCUAGUCCCUAUCCUUAUACCCCAGUCCCUACAUCUAUACCCCAGUCCCUACUCCUAUACCCCAGUCCCUACAUCUAUACCCCAGUCCCUACCCCUAUACCCCAGUCCCUACCCCUAUACCCUAGUCCCUACCUCUAUACCCCAGUCCCUACCCCUAUACCCCAGUCCCUACAUCUAUACCCCAGUCCCUACCCCUAUACCCCAGUCCCUACAUCUAUACCCCAGUCCCUACCCCUAUACCCCAGUCCCUACAUCUAUACCACAGUCCCUACCCCUAUACCCUAGUCCAUAUCCCUAUACCCUAGUCCCUACCCUUAUACACCAGUCCCUACCCCUAUACCCUAGUCCCUACCCCUAUACCCUAGUCCCUACCCUUAUACCCCAGUCCCUACCCCUUUACCCCUGUCCCUACAUCUAUACCCCAUCCCUACCCUUAUGCCCCAGUCCCUACACCUAUACCCCAGUCCCUACAUCUAUACCCCAGUCCCUGCCCCUAUACCCUAGUCCCUAUCCUUAUACCCCAGUCCCUACAUCUAUACCCCAGUCCCUACUCCUAUACCCCAGUCCCUACAUCUAUACCCCAGUCCCUAUCCCUAUACCCCAGUCCCUACAUCUAUACCCCAGUCCCUACCCCUAUACCCCAGUCCCUACAUCUAUACCCCAGUCCCUACCCCUAUACCCCAGUCCCUAUUCCUAUACCCUAGUCCCUACCCUUACACCCCAGUCCCUACCCCUAUACCCUAGUCCCUACCCCUUUACCCUAGUCCCUACCCUUAUACUCCAGUCCCCAUUGUCUCCACUUCAUCAAUGCGCCUCUCUUCAUCAGCAAUGGCUGCCCUGCAAGCAGCGCUCAUGCAGAGACCAAAAUAAGAAGUUCCUGCGUGGUUCCGUCAUCCGGGCGGCCAGACUGAUGAGUCAGCGGGCUGAUGACGGCGUGCGGGAUGAGUCAUCACUCUGCCCAGCGAGACCAGGCAUGAGGAACCUUUCUGUGACUUCCUGGCGCGGCGGACCUUUGAAGCGACAUCACACGUGCUGCGACUCGGUGGAACAAGAGAGAGCUGAUCCUGUCUGCUUCUGCAACGCCAACGCCAGUCGUGGCCAGGCGGCAAAACAUGGCGUGGAAAGUAGACGUAAUCCCUCAGCAGCUGGCAGCAUGCAUUAA